GGUUAGUGUCUGCAAGCAAAGUUAAUAAAUAAAUAAAAAGCUUUCAGGUCCAGUCCCCACAAUACAAUAGUCUUAUUUUUAGUUGGUUGAUGAAAACUAUUUUAUUGACUAAAUGUACUCCGGAAGUGAAAUAAUCUCCUUUCAAAUUGGUCACUAUGCAAAUUUCAUCGGAACCCAUUGGUGGAAUUGUCAGGAAGGUGGAUUCAUUUUUGACCAAGAUUCACAGUCAGAAAUAAAUAAUGAUGUGUUGUUUAGAGAAGGCCAGACACAAAGGCGUGAGGUUACGUACACUCCAAGAUUGUUGCUGGUGGAUCUCAAAGGAUCUCUGGGAGCUCUCCCUGAGUGUGGUUCACUAUACGAACCUCCUCCCAGACCUGACCGCAACUUGCCUUUGUGGCCCCCGGACUGUGUGGAGAUUACCAGUGAGUCAAGUGAACCAAAAAACGAGUUUCAGCUAGAUUUGGAACAGGCAGAAACGUCGGCUGCCACACUUCCUAAUGGGCUGAAGGAGAGCGGACUGGCAGUGCCGAAACUUUACAACCUUGAUGACUCAGUGAAAUCAUGGCCAGACUUUCUGCGUCCACACCUUCAUCCCCGAACUGUUAACGUGGUACACGAGUAUCGCCAUGGAGAUACGACCAGCCCCUUUGAAACAGUGCCACAAGGACUAGCGCAGUGGGCGGUACCGGGAUUCAACGAGGAGUUUUCCGACCGAAUCCGCCUGUACAUGGAGGAGACAGAUAAUUUGCAGGGUUACCAAAUGUUGCUGGACAGCUACAAUGGCUUUGCUGGUUUAUCUUGUGGAGUUCUACAGCACCUGAGGGACGAAUAUCCUUCCAAACCUGUGUUCUGUGUCGCCUGUCAACCACCCAGCAAUCAAACUACGACCAAGCAAGACUCUGUCAGAAUUUUGAAUCAGGCCCUAGCAUUGUCCAGUUUAUCUGAGCUAUCGAGUUUGUUCACUCCAGUCAGUGGGUCUACUGGGGCUUGGAGGGAUUUAGGACAUCCAGUCACUAUGCCUCAUCUCAAUUAUAAGGCAGACUUGAUGUACCAUUCGUCUGCCCUGGUAGCUGCAGCGCUAGACACUGUGUCUCUACUCUACCGCACACGUAGGUCCGAGCGGUUAGGCGACCUGACCACCAGAGUGGCUGCGUACGGUCGCAAAGCCACCGCGCUCAGCGUCUCCCUCCCCUUUGCCCUUCACACGGACGGCUCACUGCUGGAGACAUUGGAGGCAUGGGAAGGACCUCUCUGUCACCCUCUCACUCCUCUAAGUGACGUAACAGAGAGUCAACAAUCACUGGUGUUGCGAGGUGUGUCGGAAGACAAGCUUAUGAAGGACAAACACCGGACGAUGGAAAGCUCCAACCCUGCAUACUCAUGUCGCACUCGAGCACAACUACUCAAAACAUUCAUGUCGUUCAUAAGACACUCGUCAAGCGAGAUAAACGUGGCCACUUACGACUCGGCACUCAAGACUACAGCUCCAUUCCCUCACAUUUUCAGCAAGAAUCUAACCUCAAAAGGCUACUUGGAUACGAGACCGAGACCUCCGCAGUAUGGUGUCAAUGAAGUAUCAGUGUUGGCUGGGCUACACACUAGUCCUGAGCUAGGAUCUCUACUAGAGUCGUUAGUCAGUGAAGCAAAGAAGAUCAACAUUAGAACUCUCCAUCAGUUUGCUUCCUCCGGGCUGGAAACCACGGAACUCGGAGAAUCGCUGGAAAGUUUAUUGUGCCUUAGCGAAUGUUACUCGGACCGUAUGGACUUCUAAGCUGUAAACUUGUAUUCUCCUUAAAUUCCAGUGUAAAAAUUUUAUUUUUAAUGAUGUGUUGGUUGCCAAUUUUUUCAAGUUAGUAUUGGUAAGAGUUCCUGACUAAAGUCUCAUCCGUCAUUGCCAGCUCACCUUAUUCCUGGGCAUGUAGCUAUGAUUGUCAGACUGCCUCCAAUAAAUCAGUUUUUGUAGUCACAAAAGCACUGGUAUUUUUAUGACAUUCGUGGUACCGGUACAUUUGUCAAGUUCCAUUGAGUAAUGCCUGUAGAUGCCAAAACAUCUUAAAUUUUUCUACACGCAAAAUAUCUUGGGCCUUGGUAAACAUUAUUUGUAAAAAGACACAAAAAAAUCAUGUCUAUGUGUUUUUGACUUUGCUGAUUUUUUAAAUAUAUAAAAAUAGGCACAAAAAAUUAAUUUAAAUAAAAUAAAAUUAGCAUAGGUCUUAUGGGGUGACAAAAUAACAACAAAAUAUAAUCAGAAAAUCAAAACAAAUGAAAGAAAUUCCAAUCAUAUGUUUUAUUUUCAGCGUGGAGGGAAAAUAGAGAAGGAUGAGUUUUUGACCACCGGACGACCUUUAGUUAUAAUAAAUACAUAGUUGGUCAUAUUACAUUCAAUAGUUAAAACUAAAAUCAAAUACUCACUUUGAUUUUAAAAUAGUUCACAAAAAAUACUCAUUAAUAUGGUAGUAGUUUUUUUCCUACCAACAAUUUUGAUAAAUUCUUAAGCUAUAUAAACUCAAUGCCUGUAUUUUUCAACACUUGAGUAAGCCAUAGCUUGACACAUUUUGCCUAUAGGUUACCUUUUCAUAAGAUGUUAUAAGGCGUACGUUUGAAAUAAACUUAUAAGGAUAUGUAUAUUUUUAGAUUAUUUAUAUUUUUAGAA